AUGAAGUUUGACGACUUCCUAUUCACCUAUCUAGGUGAAAUGGGAAAAUAUCAGAAAAUUCAAUUUUUGCUAGUUUGCCUGCCCACAAUUGUUGUGUCAAUGCACGCACUGUCAUGGACAUUUGCUUCGGUAGACACACCGUACAGAUGCCGUUUACCCUCCGAUUUGCCUGAAAAAGAGCCCUACUACACGGAUCUCCUAAAUUUCACAAAAUGUACCAACGAAGCAGACGGAAAUGUACCAAUUUCGGAAUAUGGAAAACCUGAGAUUACUUGCCACUACGAUCGAUGCCAACUUCCGAAUAAUAGUACAUGUGCCAAACAUAUUUUCGAUCAUUCUAAGGUUGAAUACACUGCUGUGCAGAGGUGGGAAAUCACCUGUGAUCGCUCGUGGAUCAAGGCCACCAUUCAAGCAGCCUACUACGUUGGCCAAAUGGCCGGAUCAAUGACAUUUGGAGUGCUCGGAGAUCGAAUUGGAAGAAAAAAAGUGUUCUUCCUGGCGAUUUUGAUCCAAAUCACAUGCGCCUAUCUCAUCGCAUUCGCCCCUUACUGGUGGUUAUAUGCAAUCGCCAGAGCUGGAACUGGCUUCUCUCAUCCUGGAAUAUUUGUGAUUGCCGUGGUGAUUGGCAUGGAAUUAGUGGGGCCACAGUACCGAAAAUUGGCUUCUGUCAUCACUGGACUCUUUUUUGCACUUGGGCAGGUCUUCCUUGGAAUCGAAGCGAUCUUCCUCACCAACUAUCAAAUCCUGCACAUUGUCAUCGCCUCGCCAGCCCUCCUCUUCCUGUCCUACUGGUGGCUGGUCCCAGAAUCCGCACGAUGGCUUGUAUCCCAGAAACGAUUCAAAGAAGCCGAUGAGGUCCUCCAGAAAGCCGCAAAAGUCAACGGAGCAGUGUUGCCGGAGAAUUGGUGGGAGCAAUUGGAUGAUUCAACGACUACUACAACCUCUGAAAAUGGUCCGGCAAGAAAACUAACUGGAGCGGAUUUGUUUAAAACUCCGGAACUCCGAAAAAGAACUCUUGUGGUCUUCUUCCUUUGGCCUGUUAUAUCAAUGGUUUAUUAUGGGAUGGCAAUGAAAGCAAAUGUGCUCGGUGGAGAUAUUUAUGUCAAUUUCAUUUUCGCUGCCUCCGUCGAGAUCCCUGCACUAUUCAUUGUCUAUCUCCUCAUUGAUAGAAUCGGAAGACGGUAUAUCCUUGCUGGAGGUCUUUUUAUCGCUGGAGCUUGCCUUUUGAUCAAUUGGAUUAUGGGAGAUAAUGUGCAAUUAUGGAUGGCGAUCACCCAGAUGGCAGUCACUAAAGGAUCGAUCACUGGAGUCUACGCUGCGGUUUAUACCUAUUCUCCUGAACUAUUUCCAACUGUUAUUCGAAAUACUGCAAUGGGAUUCUGCUCGACGAUUGCCAGGGUUGGAGCCAUUGCUGCUAGCUACAUCUCGAUGUGGAUUGCUGAGCAGUUUGGAAAGGUCUUCAUGAUUAUUCCAUUUGGGAUCAUGGCGGUGUCUGCUGCAAUUCUGACGCUUGUGUUUUUGCCGGAGACUAUGGGAAAACCACUGCCAGAGAGUAUUGAGGAGAUUGAGGAAGGAUCAUCGUACCGCAGUUCACAUGAGAUGCAGCCGCUUUCAAAGUCUACUGAAGAAACCGCAUAA